AUGAAGACAAGCUUCGACUGCUUCUGGUCCCUGGACGGUGGGACCGCCUGCCCGAGCCAAACCCAAGCCAAACCUUCUGCGACUGCGAGUACGAGUAGAUUAUCAGCGCUCUGGCAGUCGAGUGUUGGUCGUCCGGACAGGACAGGACAGGACAGGACCGGACAGGCAGGUCAAGGAUGCGCAGGGCGAGGGCAGCUGCCAGCAGGGCUCCAGUUGUUACUCGUUCCUUCCCGUAAUGAUGCAGGCUCCUCGGCCUCCUUUAUCCUCAGCCUAUCAGUCGCCGAGCAAGCCGACACUGGGCCUCGUGCACAUCUCGUCCGAAUCUCGUCCCCUGGCAAAACGGCUGUUAUUAUUAUGUCCUCGCGGCUCUUCUCCUCUCGUCGCUCUCCCAACCUCACUCGCCCCCUCCCGAACGACGGCAAUGAGUUGACGGAGGAAUCUUCAAUCGCGUCACGUCGCGCACUCAAUCCUGCAACAGCGCGCGCCAUGGGCGACACCAUCGCUGGGCCAUCACUCCUUCUGGCCAAGCAAGACCUCGCUCACCGAGAGCACCCACAUCAACACAAUCAUAAUCACAAUCGUUUGCACAGAAGAGAGGCGCCGGCAGUGUUUACGGAGGUUGUGGCGACAAUCUCGGUGGUACAACAAGUAGAUGUGGAUAUUAAUGGAAACACCUAUUCGACGGAGACACUUACGACGGUGUCUUCCCCUUCGAUAACGAACGAAAAUGCAGCAACGACACCAACGGAAAGCCCAGCAGUCGGCACACCGGCGGCAACUGCUGGAGGGGGGUCCGGAGGAUCGCACGCAUCACAGUCACUACUUUCAGAUCAAGGCAUAACUUCAACAACGAUACCCACGCAUUUUCCCACGCUGGUUCUCAGCACUAAUUCAACAUCUUUAAUUUCUUCAACCACUAAUAGCUCACGCUUCACCAACUCCACCAUCGCCUCGAGGACUUCGCUCACCUGCAUAACAUCCACCACUUCAACCGAUGAUUUCUGGGAGAGCUCCACCUCGACCCUCUAUGCACCAAGCUAUACCGCAAAGAGCUCCGUUACCACUGGGGGAAAUGUUGGAGGGACUGGCGUUGCUGGAGGCGGUGUGUCGACAAGCACCCCAGCUUCUGGAAAUGGAGCCUCGAAUUCUUCUACGGCAUCUCCACCGGUCAUUGCAGGUGGUGUUGUGGGUAGUGUUGCCGGGGUUGCCAUUCUUAUUUUUAUUAUAAUGGCCUUCCUCCGGUGGAAGAAGAGGCAUCAGUCAAUGUUGUUGUUGGGCGAUGGGGAUGCAGGAACCGCAGCAGAAACGACUCGGGAUGGACCAUCUUCGCAACCACCAGGCGGAAUGAUUGAGCGGCGAUCAUUGGCUCUCGGUGUUCCUGCUGUGCUGGCCAGUAUGACUGGCUAUAAGAGAUCGUCCCAGAAGACGGAGACCGAUCGAACAAUUUCAUCGACGGCGGGGAGUGAACGUGGAUUCUACCGUGUGUCUGGGAGAAAGCUACCGUCAGUUCUGCAAAGUGGUGGUGACGGGUAUGGAGGCGGAAUUGGUACAAAUACCUUGAGUGGAUCAUCUUUCUACCGAGAUUCGCAAGGAUUCUACGGAGGUGCUGGAAGCCCUACAAGCCCCUCGCACCCCCCUGGUGCUAUGUCCUUUACUCGAGAUAGCGGCGUACCUGUUAUGCGGCCUUCCCCAGCUCGAACGCCAGUGACAGAACAAAGCCCAUUCUCAGAAUUUCCAGCGCCUCUCGACCCACCGCCACGUCGACCAACUGAUGACCUCGGCCGGUCCCAUCCCUCACAAGAUGGGUCUCAGAGGUCCCGAUUCACUGAAGAGGUCUGA